AUUCCCCACAGAAGGGGGUCAUAGAAGCCAGGGACACAUGCCCAGCUGGAGGGGUGGGCUGCCUAGGAAAGGAGCUAGUCACUCAUGUUCAGCAGGAGCUCUUGGUAGGUGAAGCCCACCAUAGCAUCACCUCUACCUCACCAUGUUCCUCUUCUCCCGUAAGACCAAGACUCCCAUCAGCACCUACACUGACUCCUACCGAGCUCCCACCUCCAUCAAGGAGGUCUAUAAAGACCCAGCUAUGUGGGCCUGGGAGCCCAACAAGUUUGUGACCCCGGGCCUGACUCAUACCACAGGGCACCACAUGGACAAUGAAGCCCUGCAGAAGAUGGUCAGAUGUGCCAUGCAUGACUACAGCUAUAAAAAUCCCAUGCAAGACCACCUCUAUUUCCCUGAGAAGUACUGGCUCUCUCAAGAGGAAGACAGAUGCAUCCCAGGCUAUCUGUAUGACGACCGCUACGCCACCUGGAGGCUAGGACCUUACCACAGCCCGGGCAAGAUCAAGUAUCCCACCUGUCUGCCCCCACUGCCUAAGGAGGCCGGGACGGAGACUGUAGUUGCAGGGAUGCCUCUGGAGUGUCUUCCUAAGCCUAAGUCGGAGCGGCUCAAUGCCUACGAGCGCGAGGUCGUGGUGAACAUGCUGAAUUCGCUGUCCCGGAACCAGCCUCUGCCGCAGAUCGCCCCCCGGUGCGGCUGCGUGGACCCGCUGCGGGGCCGCCUGCCCUUCCAGGGUUACGAAAGCACGUGCUCGGGCCGUCAUUACUGUAUGCGCGGGAUGGACUACUACGCCACCGGGGCGCCCUGCCUUCCACGCCGCCUGCCGCCUGAGUGCCCCGCCCGUCGCUUUCUCCUCCAGGGCUGCGUCUCCCUACCAACACCGCCCCGGGAUGCAAUGUGUUGUUACAACUCCCCAGCCGUCAUACUACCCGUACCCCAACCUCAGAUGGGACACAAGUCACUUCAAGAAAACUGGCGGUGCCUUGAAAAACAACUAUGUUAUCCACCCUGAAUUUGUGUCUGAGACCUAUCCUGAGUAUGGCUACUGGUAGAGCCUGGGCCCACCAAGGCCAAGGGGGGUGAGCAAUAAAGAAACUCUUCACCCCUAACAGCUGUCUACUGUGUCCUUACCCAGCAGGAUGGGGCAGGGAAAGUUCUCACACUCAGGUCUCUGGCAAGCCUACCCUACCCUGAGUCACCUCCCCCACAAUAUCAAUGCUUCCCUUGGGUGACAAUGAGUACUGGUGUCAUCCUCUCCACCCCAGAGCCCAGGUUUCUCUAGUUACACAGGACAGACUCCUGUUCUUUGGGCCCAUAUAUCUUCCCACCCCCUAAGACCCUCCAGCUGAAAAUCUCCACCCUCCCCUU